UUCUCAUAUGAUUUUAUAUUAAUUUCAGAAACAUUCAAUUUAGAAAACCAUGAUUUAUUCAGGAAAAGGUUUAUGUAUUAUUAUCGUCUUGUUCGAAAUUUCCUUGUAUCCGUACGUCCGAAGCGCUUUGCCGAAGGUAGUUGGAGGGAUACCGGCCAAGGAGGAUGAGUUCCCGUACGUCGUCAGCCUUCAGUACACAUUGCCCAGGAAACAUUUCUGCGGUGGGAUCAUCCUGGACGUUUCUCACGUCCUCACGGCCUGCCAUUGCUGCGGGAUGUUCCGAGGCCAAAGAUUCGACACCAUACCUCCCAGGAAAGUCGUUGUAGUCGGCGGGGACGUGCACCUCCGCAAAGGGCAGAUGAGGCCGGUCCUAAGGCUCACCAUCCACAAAAAAUGCGGCGAGUUGGCCAUAGGAUGGACGUACGAUUACUGUCUGGUGACCCUCGCUCAACGGUUCCUUUACGGCACGGCCCUUAAGUCGAUCCCUCUCGUUUCGCCAGAUAUAGAGCAGCAGAAAGAAAUAAUAUACAAUUUCGCCGAUAAGACGGACUGCUGGGCUGUGGGCUGGGGCCAGCAGACGUUCAACAGUAGUGACGAUUACGAGAACACUUCCGACGUGCUGAUCAAACUGGGCGUAGUUGUGCUCCCGUGGAAAGAAUGCGAGACUCGGCUCUGCUUCGUGCCAAAAACGCGCUGCGUCCUAAACCUCCGUGAGCGCGCUCAGAUCUGCGCAGUCGGCAAAACUGGCGACGUCUGCAAAGGGGAUUCCGGUGGGCCCAUCGUCUGCAACGGCUUCGUUUACGGCAUCGUCAGCUGGGGACCCGCCUGCGGCGAACUCCCUUUCCCUUCGGUCUUCUCCGUUGUUUCCGAGGGACUGCAAUGGCCGCACGAUGCCUGGUUGACCGUCCUAACCAACGCGAACUGGGUCCCCGGCUAUUCCUUAAGCAACAUCCUGCUCCCUCUUUCUAUUGUUUAUUUUCAAUUGUAUUAAAAAAUAAAUCAUAUGCGUAACCACAACUGGUUUUA